CUCGUCGAGCAGGGCGAGCCGUCAGUUUUUCAACGUCGUUUCUCUUCGGCACGUCGAAUGGGUGACAUCAGGGUUAACGAGGACGUGCCGUUUGUGCUAGAUCGGGUGUCCGGGAUGGAGCAAAAUUCGGCGGAGUACCGCGCCGAAACGGUGAAAAACGAGUCCGAAAACGAGAGCAACGACGAAGAUUACACGCGUUCGCCAGUGUUACUCGAUCUAGACGAGAAUUCGAAGCAACAAAGGGCAGCGAGUCGGGAAGCAAGCUCGCCGAGUUCGGCGGUGAGUCAACAGGAUCAAGGAUUGGCCUCAGACGAAACGACGCGGCCACAGGCUAUGAGAGACAGAUGGCAAGAAACGAGCUACGAGACGCGCGGCCAGCAGAAUCCCGAGGGCGUGCUCGUGAUUAGAGUACCGGAGCCAGAAAUAAUCGGCAGCCAUCCGCAUCUCGAGAUGCUCCACGAGGCCAAUAUUAAAUCGGUGCAGCGGGAGCCGUCGCAGACUGAGAAAGGUGCGGCAAUGUCGAAUUGCGCGUUGCCUGACUACAAGAAGUCGGCCUGCGAUCGCGAACGGACCCGAAUGCGCGACAUGAACCGCGCGUUCGAGCUGCUGCGGUCGAAGCUGCCGAUAUGCAAACCGCCCGGCAAGAAGCUCUCCAAGAUCGAGUCGCUGCGCCACGCCAUCACGUACAUCAGGCACCUGCAGAGCUUGCUGGAGCCACAGUACAGCUAUGUGCCUGGUGUGCCCGAUCGCGCCGGCAGCGGCUAUUACGCCGGCCCGCCGCCGCCGGGCCCGCCGACGUCCUACGAGGUGCAACAUCCGGCCGCGGCCCGAUGGGAGUCCCUGGCUUACUACCGAUACGAUUAUCACGCGCCCUUCGCCACCCCGUCACCGCCGACCUUGGUGCCGCCCCUGCAGCCGAGAUUGCCGGUCGAUCAGGACGACCGACAGUUCUCUUACGAAGCACGUCACUAGUUCACCCGGUGCGAGAGCAAACUCCCCGUAAAGAAUUGAUGAAUUAGAAAAAAAAGUUGAUAGAAUUUAUUUUGUAAUGUUAUGGAUUUCUAAUAUUUCCUUGCGAAACAUUAUAAUCCCUUUAGAGGAAAUGCACAUUCUUGACAUUCUCUUGAAUGUAAAAAACGUAAAACUUUUCCCUCAAAGGAAUUAGAUUGUCACUCUAAAUUCAAUUUU